AUGAAGAGAUUUAAUACUGCCUAUGUCUAUGGAACAUUAUCUUACAAAAGCUAUGCAAAUGUUCAAAUUGAAAAGAUCCCACAAUAUUUCAACUCAGUGGAGCAAUAUUUUGGAUGUUUUGUCCACCCUUUACUUGAAGAAACUAGAUCUCAAUUAUACUCGAGCAUGAACCCGAUUUCCAAAUCUCCAUGUGUUCAAGUAAUUGCACUCAAAGAAAUCAAAACCUAUGGCAAAGGAUUAUUCGAAAUCCACCUUAAAGAUUGCAAACAAUAUUGUCCCACAAUCUUAAUCCCUGGAAAUAUAUUCAUCUUGUCCAAUGUCAAACCUAAAGUUGUCUCUGAUUUGCAAAGAAAUGGCAGAACAUGGACUUUUGCAACAUUUGUGUCAAAAAAAGGGAAGAAAAAGGAUAAGAACAAACCUACAUGUUUUACAAUCAAAAUAUGGAAAGAAAAUUUUAUGAAGGAUCUUAAUCAUCAUGAACACCCCAUGUUUCUUGUAGUUUUGGUGAAUGUUCUUACUAACAUAAGGAUAUGGAAUGCAUUGCACAUGAAGAAAAAUAAUGCUAUUUUCAAUCAUGUUUUGGGAGUUAAUUCUUCUAAUAGUAAUUUAAAUUUUGGUUGUGAUGUCUGUGAGACCAAGAUUGAUGAAUUAUCAUCCAACAACAGUUUGUUUUUUACAUUAAAUGAAUCCCAAGCUAGAGCUGUGGGAACAUGUCUUAAAAGGACAAGUUGUGCCCAUAAAUAUGGGGUUGAACUCAUUUGGGGUCCUCCUGGGACUGGCAAAACAAAGACGGUUGGAGUGUUGUUGUUUGAGCUUCGGAAGAAGAAUCGUCGAACGCUCGCUUGUGCUCCGACCAACACUGCCAUCAUGCAGGUGGCAUCAAGGUUUCUUCUUCUAGUAAAAGAAAUGCAUGGUAAGAAAGACAAUAGAUCAAAAAAAUUGUUUUGCAAUUUGGGAGAUAUUCUUUUGUUUGGGAACAAAGAAAGGCUAAAAGUUGGGGAAUCUGAUAAGGACAUAUAUUUGGAUUAUAGAAUUGGAAGACUCGAAAAGUGUUUCAAUCAAUUUAAUGGUUGGAGGGUUUGUUUUUCUUCCAUGAUAGAUUUUCUUGAAGGCUAUUGUGUCUCUCAAUACCGAGCAUUCUUAAAAGACAAACAAAGACCGAAAAAGUUUGAGUAUUCCUUUAUUGAAUUUGUAAGGGUGUAUUACAAAACCAUUUCUUGUUCACUCAAAGAGUGCAUAUCAAUCUUUUGCACUCACAUUCCCAUAGCCAUUUUGAAGCAUAAUUUUGAGAGGUUAUGUUGUGUUAUGAGUUUGAUAGAGUCUUUUGAAUCUCUGUUGCUUUCAAAUGGGGUUGAAUCAAAGGAGCUUGAGAAGCUAUUUUCAAAAAAGGUAGAAGAAGAAGUAGUUGUGAAUCAAAAUGUUGAGUAUGAGAAGCUUUUGAAGGGGAGAAAUGAUUGUGUGUUGGUUUUGAGAUCUUUGAAAUAUUCAUUGGGUGAACUUAAACUUCCACAAACUUCAAGGGAACGAAGGCUUAGAGCAUUUUGUUUUAGGAAUGCUUCUUUGUUCUUUUGCACGGUAUCGAGCUCGUUUAAGUUGUAUUCAAUGCGAAAUGUUGCACCAUUGGAGACAUUGGUGAUGGAUGAAGCUGCACAGUUGAAGGAGUGUGAGUCUGCAAUUCCUUUGCAAUUUCCUGCUAUAAAGCAUGCAAUUCUUAUUGGUGAUGAGUGCCAAUUGCCUGCUAUGGUUGAAAGCAAAGUUGCCGAUGAAGCUAAGUUUGGAAGAAGCUUAUUUGAGAGGUUGAGUUCAUUUGGGCAUCAAAAGCAUCUUCUCAAUGUGCAAUAUAGAAUGCAUCCAUCUAUAAGCUGUUUUCCAAACUCAAAGUUCUAUUCAAACCAAAUCUCAGAUGGUCCUAAUGUCAAAACCGAAGGAUAUGUCAAAAAAUUUCUUAACGGUCCUAUGUUUGGUUCAUAUUCUUUCAUGGAUAUAAAUGAGGGAAGAGAAGAAAAGGAUGGCAUUACACAAAGUUGGAAAAAUAUGGCAGAGGUUGAUGUUGUUCUGCAAAUUAUUCACAAGUUGUACAACAAAGCAACAACAUGUGUUGAUUCAAAUGAGAAGAUUAGCAUUGGUGUGGUCUCUCCUUAUUCAGCCCAAGUAGCUGCCAUUGAACACAAACUUGGGAGAAACUAUAAUAACUCUAAUAGCUUUAAAGUGAGAGUGAGCUCAGUUGAUGGAUUCCAAGGUGGGGAGGAGGAUAUCAUUAUCAUUUCUACGGUAAGAUCAAAUAGAAGCUCAUCGAUCGGGUUCUUAUCCAGUAACCAAAGAACAAAUGUUGCUCUUACUAGAGCUAGAUAUUGUUUGUGGAUUUUGGGGAACUUCGAUACACUAUCAAACAGUGAUUCUAUUUGGGAAGAUUUGGUUUUUGAUGCCAAGAACCGUGGUUGUUUCUUCAAUGCUAAGGAAGAUAAGGACUUGGCCAAUGUAAUGUCUAGUUGGAAGAUGGAUGUCGAGAAAAUCGUUGAUGACUUAAUAGUCGGAAAAUGGGUCAAUGACUUGCAAAUAACGAGUCUCUUGACGCAUGAAAAUGAACCGGAUAUGGACAUGAACAAUGCUCUAACUAUGUUUCAAGGACCAAUCACUCGUUCAAGGGCCAAGAAGCAACUACUUAUAUUGCCUUCAAUCUCGAAUCCCAUUGAAGAAUGA